GCAUCAAUCUUCCUCCUCAUCAACCCAUCCAUCUACAUACACACUGAUUGAUAACACAAACUGACAUACACCUGAAUAAACACGAGGAGAGCUAAUAUCAUAUCACUCAAUUUGACGUAAUGAGAUGUAUGUGCCUUGAAGUGUGUGCACGUGCGCGUUAGUGAGUGUGAGUGCUAUGUGCGUGCGUAUGUCUGCGGGCGGGAGUGGCAAGCGGUGCGGCCAGCGCGUGCGGGCGAGGAGCGGAGCAGUACGGUAGCCUCUGGGUGGCAGGCGCUCCUCCAGUGUGCGUUCAGAAGCGCUGCCGAGCCGAUCUCACAGACCCGCCGCGAGAGUCGGUCACACACAGACACUUGCUUCCUCGUUUCCUCGCACGCUCGGGCAUCGUACUCUGUUGUUGUCCAGACGAAGACGACGACGACGACGUGGGCUUCAUUGUGAACAGGAUAAAAGGAAAAAUUGGGCGAGUAAAAAAGACGAUGAAAAGUGAAAUGUAAAAGGAUGGAAUAUUACCCGCAUCAAGCGAACGAUGUGUAACGAGAAGAGAAACGAGUGAAAAGUGGAGGGACCGGAGACUAUAAAGAAAGACGAGGCCAGGGGGAACAACAAUACCAGAAGAAUACACGCCACCACUACCACCAUCAACAACAACAACGCGAAAGCACUCCACAAAACACCCCAAUUACCCGUCAUUUAGAGAAUCACCAACCAUCACCGUUAUCGUCUCAUACCACGCCCUUCAUAUACGACGCAAUACGGAGGGGUCACUCACUACCACACCCACACAUACACGAAUACAAACACACACUCCACAGCAUUCGAGAAUACAAAGGAACAGCACAUAGUAAACACAGCAAACACACACACAGCCCAAGACGCCCCUACAACACUAACACUUGGCACACUUCACAGCAUUCCGGCACGAAAUUACCAUUAACACGUAUAGACUUCAACCACAGCCACAGAACACAAGACCUGUUAACACCUGACUACAACUAUUGCCAACCCUAACACCUUCCUACACAACCACAGCAAAAGACUGCAAACAAACAACACCCACGGUACUACACCCCCAACACAAGCACAGCAACACCAUUAAUACACAACUUGACCCUCCAACGUAUUUCCAACACCACAAGAAGCGGUAAAUAAAGAAAGAAGAGCAACAACAAAACGAACGUGCUAAGUGUUGAAAAUUGUUAAGGCCAACUCUCCCCAUCAAAACAGCGCCCACGGUAUCCAGAGCGUAAAAAAACGAGAAAAGGGAGGGAGAAGAAAGAGAAAGAGAGAGGCACUAAAAGGGUAGCCUCCUCAGUCUCCACCACACAAAGAAGAGGAGCCCCAUCACACACCUCUUGCCGGCACGAUGGAGUUUGGGUUGGAUGCCUCGACCCUUCAACUCUGCGCCCAAGCCAGGGGUCGGCUGGCGGGGUGUCCCUCUCAUCUCUCCGUCAACGGCUACCGCGACCUGCUGCACGCCCUGCCUCACACCGCGGAGCCUGAGCAGACCCGCGGCGCCGCCCUCUACGUCACGGCGGUGGUGGUGUUCUACGUGGCCCUGCUACUGGUUCUUGUUGGCGGGGGACUGAGGCGGAGGGCGGCACGGGCGGCCUCGACCUCCGGGCGGCGACACAUCCUCACCUACUGCCCCGCCACACACACCGCCACGCCCGCCCUCGCCGACCACCACCCCCAACCCGACGCUUCAGCCACGCAGGUGUAAGGACAGGUAGUGCACGCCUCAACUUCAGAUGGGAAAAAGUGAAGUAGAGGACGAUGGCACUGCCAUAGUGCGCGUGGGCCCUCACCUUCCUUGGUGGCCGAAAGACUUCUCAAUCUUCACCCCUAAACAGGUGGUGCUCGCCUUAGCUGCAGGUGGGGAGAGGUGAAGCAGAGGAUGAAGCCACCGCUAAAAUGGACGACCUCACCACUAUAAUCAUUCGGGCCGGUUCUUGCCUUCCUAAAAAUAAAAAUAAAAUAAAAAAAGCUGCUAUGAUCAGUGUGGACGGGUCUUGACUUCCUUCGUUGGACACAGGACUUCAUUCACUCCUUCCCGCUUAAUCACCACCUCACUUCUCAUUUACUGCAGGAGGGAAGGUAGGACAAAAAGAAUUAUGACGCAACUACAAGUGUGGACUGCCCUGGACUUCAAUGGGCAGACAUCGCCCGUCACCCCUUUACUUCACAUUAAACCCCGGAGUGACAUCGUUGCCUUCCCGCCACGGCCCUGCAAAGACUUUGAUCUUGGCCUCACUCCACGCGCCUAUGACUUGGCCUCGUGCCAGCCACAUCAAAAAGCGGAAUUUACUUUAAUUCAGGCUGACGCAUGGCCCAAGUCAGCGCCCAAGUCAACCUAGACGGCGACCGGCGGUGAAAAACGGGUGAGGCCGCCACCAUCAGCACCAUCACCUCCACCACCGCGUACAUAUCAAUGUUCCAGUAGCUGUGUGUGUAGUGCCACGAGCCAUGUCCCUUGUCCUCGCUUCCUGGUCGUGUGAGUGUGUGUGCGACUGGACGGUGUCGUGUUUCACAUAUCCUCAAGCGUGACGCGCUGAGCCUUGCGUUGUCAGGCUUAGGAAGUGGUUCUGUUUCCCGCAACGGCAGUCAGUAACCUUGUAGGACACUAAACACACGACGGUGCCAACACAAUACCACACCAUGCCUCUCUCUACGUCGAGUUAAGCCACUGUCAACGUGAGCCCCGUGAGCAGCACAAAAUUACGUAAUCGCCCACGCUGCGGCACGCUCUGACGCUGCCACUGUCUUCCUCGUGAGUGUCUCCAAAGGUUCUCGUACAGAGGUAGGGAAUAUUCGUUAAGUGUGUGCACCGUUUAACUUUUUACCCAAACCGAGGGAGAGCUGUCGAAAAUAAUACUGCUCUACAAAAAUGAGAUAUUAUUUGCAUAAAGAAUGAUUCACAACCUUUAUUUUGACAAUAGUUAAUUUCGUACGCAACUUCAGCUUUCUACCUGUUUUAUUCUUACUAUGAGUACUAACUGGAGUGGUGUGUACAAAAUGGCCAAUAUACACAUACAUGCCCAUCAGGAACGCCAGACAACGUAACUUUUUGUUAAUAAGGGUUUCGUGGCCCCUGAAUUACUUGAAUACAGAGCGACGGGGACACCAGCAGACACGAUAUGAAGAGGCUUUGAUUACUGUCUAUUCCUCCUUCAGUGACGCUGCCGAGUUACCUAAGUGAAGACUGACAGCUUCGAUAAAAUAAAUUUUCGAAUAUAAAACUACUGCCGAUAUGGAUGGGUCACGUUCGUUUAACUUAUUUGAGAAAUAUUCAUUGGACGUUCAAUCGUGUCGCUUUGAAUGGAUCUAAACCCCAAAAGAAUGUUUGAAGCACUUCUCUUUUAAUUGCCUCAUUCAAACUCGAAUCUUCUUCGGGCCUUGAAUAUAAUUAAUCACGAAUUAAUUCCGACAGAUGUUUGAAUUACUGCCAAUCAGCGUGACGACUCAUUCAAACUCAAACCAUUACCGCCUAAUAUAUAUAUAUAUAUAUAUAUAUAUAUAUAUAUAUAUAUAUAUAUAUAUAUAUAUAUAUAUAUAUAUAUAUAGAUAUAUAUA